UCAUGUCUCUUAAAACAAAUUUCCUCGUUUCCUCUCUCCUCGCUUGGUUUCCUUGCGUCUCUCCUUGCAUCCACAGUGGGAGAAACUAAGACGCAAGUGAGGUAAACGUGGAUGCAAUUUAAGAGACUUGGGAUGCACCCCAGGUGUGCUACCUCUCUGGAUAUUUUGUCCAUUGUGGCAGAUUUUGUCCACACCUCUCUCUGUGAGCUCGAUGUCCCCGACAAGAGUGAAGGUAUUUACGGUACCCAGAAAAAAGUGGCAGAGUGAGACGUCGUCUUUUCCGCCUUUCACCUACCCCGAGUUUGAGGUUCAUAGGUCAAAGGCUAUACACGCUGCUCCACAUGUGUUAUUGUUUUGUUAAUAUAACGUGUAAUGCAGCGAAAUAAGCAGCAGUAAUAUGGGGAAGAAUAAGAAGAACAAAAUGAACGAGUCGGGGAAACAAGCUGUCAAGGCCGGGCAACAACCAAGUGAUAAGAAGCAUAAACGAGAUGGUAAACCCAAGAAAGCCAAAGAAGAAGACCACCUCAAACACAUCCCCUUCAGGCUCCGAGAGAUUAUGAAGAGCAAGGACAGAAUGAAAGCAGGAUCCUUGAAGGCAAAAAAGCUAAAAGAUUCCAUCCUCCCUAAAAGCAAGGCAGAUGAUUCCCAGGAUGGAGACAUACCUGUGCCACAUUUCAGGAGGAGAAAAGAGGAAAGUGAGGGAGCUUACAGGCGGCGCAUGGAUAAUGAGACCAAACAUGUCCUCUUCCUUACCAAGAACCAAGUAGAGAGAAAACCUGAGCUGGAUGCAGACAAACAAGAAAGACCUGCAGACAAGGGCAAGUCGGAGAAGAAGAAGGAGUACGAUAAAGCAAGAAUACAGAAGCAACAGCAGAAAAAGUUGCACAAACAAGAGGCUCGGAUGGAAAAAGAGAUGUUCGUAGAUAAUGUCCCUUUUGGUGAAGUUACAAUGGAACCACCUUCUCUGAGCGCCAAACCCAAGAAAGCUCCGAUCAAAUCUCAGAAGGCAUCAAAGGAGCUGCUUCUCAACACUCUCCUAGGCCACACAAUGACCUCCACAACCAAACCCUCCAUGGCCAGACAGAGAAUCAUGGAGGAGGAGCGGGAGCGAGCAGUGGAGGCCUACCGUCACCUCAAGAAACAGAAACAGCAGCAGCACAACGCUAGGAUCGCUGGUCUGGAAAAACUCAAGAACCUUCAGUGAUGUCUGAUGUCAUGUCACCUUAAGGAAUUAUAUUUUCCUCAAUUACACUCAAGUGUCAGUGACUGUGGGCAGCAGUGUUCAGAAACUGACAUAGAUUGUAUUCGUCAGCAGACUGUAUAUGUGUUGUGUAGCUCUGGAACUGAAAUGCUAGUGGGGGAGCUUACCACAAUGUUGCUUCCUGUUGGGAAAAGCAGCAUACAUUUGCAUCCAUAUGGUGCAGUUUCAGGUGAGUCAUUAACUACAUUCACCUACCACAGUCAUUAUCACAUAUUGAGGUCAGAAGAGAGCAGGACAUUCAAAUGAUUAAUGGUUUUAUAUCUUUUGAAGAAGACAAACUGAUUACUCCAAAAUGAAAUCCUUUUCAGAAAUGUGUUGGUUUCUUUUCUUUGUGACGUUGUCGGAUGUUUACUGGCAAGCAUUCAUUUGUAUAUUCACUCUUCUCAUUGCGUUUUUAGGCUACCACAAUGACAUCAUUUGGGAUGCUGUGGGCAAUAAAAUCACAAUAAAAUCACAAAGGUUAUAUCAAGUCAAAGAUAAACCUCUUGACUGUGUGCUUAGGUCCCACUAGAUGGCAGUCCUCCUGUAGAAAGCUGCUCUCACACUGUUUGGAGAGCUGACAGAACAUGCUGACUGAACUUGUCUUUUGACUUUUAAAAAAUUAAACAUUCAUUUUUGGUGGCACAUUUUGCCAUUUUAUAUAUGUGAGCAAAUGACUGCAGUAUUUUACCAUAUUUAGAUCUGUAUUUGGUAAGUGAAAAUGAGCAAUUUAUAUAUAAAAUGUGUAUAAAGAAGAACAAUCUCA